UCUCAACCAGUGUCACUUCUCCCAACAUGUAUACUUUCUUUCCACUACCUGCGGAGUACAGGGAAAGAGAUAAUGCACAACAUGGAAAUUUGUAAACCUGAUAGCAGAAAGGCGAUUCUAUAUAUGAGAUACUGCGGUGAAUUAGCUCAUUAAAAUAUUUAUCCCUGGCAAGCCUCACUCUGCUUGAUUUGUGCUUACAUGUUUACCAGACACUCUAGCAGGCGCCUAGGUUACAGCUUCAGGUACUUCCAGAAGGAUGUCUGACCGGCUUCAGGCAACAAUUCCCUCCCUAUCUAUGGAUGCAGUUUCGCCACGUUGGAAAAGCUACUGUUGAUAUAGCUUGCCUUUUCUAUCCCCGCCGGAGUAUCACAGACGGAGUUUCUCUUUGUCCCACCUCGCACUGGUGUUAUACCGGUCUAUGAGAGAAUUCAUGACCUCCCUUUCUCUCCAAAUUCGAUCGGACUGGAUAUAUCUAAUCCCCAAGAGCCGACCGGGGAGCUCAAAUGCUUAUCACCAUUUGAAGCCGUUGCUAAUCCCAGACUCCCCAAUGCGCUUUUGAAAACCACUCGCUUAGGCAUUUAGUUAUUCCUUGUCUUGUCCUUGAUGAGAAUUUAGAUAUACCCUGGAAACUGCAUACUGCUGGUGAAAGAAGAGUAAUUCGGUGAGCCGGCCCGCUCGCCGUGACCGUGCAAAAGAUCAUGGCCAUGGAUCCGAGUUCAUCUGGACACCUUCAGGACAAAGAUAGAAAGCAACUAGCAUUCAAACUGCUCGUUGAGAUACUGGCAUAUCAACUGGCGUCUCCUGUGCGGUGGAUUGAAACACAGGAGAGGUUGCUAUGCAGUCAUCCUGCAAUCUGCCGCUUUGUUGAAGUUGGACCACGUACCACGCUGGCAACUAUGGCGAAAAAAUCCGCUGCCAGACACUAUGAGGUCUAUGCUCAUUCACAAUGGUCUCACAUACAGUUUCUCUCCUACCAAGAUAACAAAGACGAGAUAUUUUACGUUUACUCAGAUUCAAGUUUAUGCUCUGAUGAGACAGGCAAACCAAAACCCUCGGCUCCACACUCUGUCUCUCUGUUGCCUUUGCCUCAUGAUACUCUGCCGGAAUCACAACAAAGUCUUCCAGCCAAAGCGCAUGUCACGAAUACGCCUAGCGUUGACAUCUCCCUAUCAGCUAGCCACAUUGUUCUCGCAAUGACUGCUCAAAAGCUACGAAGGCCAUUUGACCAGAUACCAAUGGAUAAAACUAUUCGUGAGCUCUCGGGAGGGAAAUCAACGCUUCAAAAUGAACUAGUAGGUGAUCUCGUCGCGGAAUUUGGUAGGGUUCCUGAGGGAGUUGAAGACAUGCCCUUAAUUGAGUUGGGAGAAACGUUGCAAGGAGGCUUUGGUGGAAAACCAGCCAAGCAGAUGACCACCCUGAUUGCUAGGCUAAUAUCGAGCAAAAUGCCUGCUGGUUUCAAUCAACAGUCCAUGGAAAAUCAUAUAUGCUCUCGUUGGGGCUUUACUAAGCCUCAUUCAAUCAUCCCUAUCUGCCUAGCGACUACCAUCGAGCCUACUACCCGUUUAGGCAAUGCAGACGCCGGACAAAAAUACCUUGACGAGCUGGUCAACCGAUAUGCAGUUUUCCAAAACAUCUCUUUAAUCCCCGUCAUUGGUCUCCAGAAUGACCAAAAGACGACAACCCCGCCUUCCGUUGGUUCUUCCAACCUCGACGACUCCAACGAAGAAGAGCGAAGCUAUCACCGUAGGCAAUUUGACAUACUUGCCAAGUAUCUCCGGGUAGAUAUCAGCCCUUCGGAGGGACCGCCGGUCAAUGCGGUCACCGAAGGAAUGUUAGACAGGUGGAAUGCCGAGCUUGGUGACCAGUUCUUCGAGGGCAUAAAGCCAAUAUUCAGUUCCGGCGAGGCUCGGUAUUAUGACUCUUGGUGGAACUGGGCACGGGAAGGGCUUCUCCAGUGGUCGCACAUGCUUGCCUCCCGCUCGGCAGAUGCGGCUUACGCGAAUACAGCCAACCGUCUACGUAGUAUAUUGAACCGAUGGGAGCCUAGUUGUAGCGACAUUAUCAGGGCCCUGCUGAAGCGACCACUUCUGUCUCAAAGUCCGGAGAAUGUAAUAUCCCUAACUCCCGGGACUCGGCAUGUAUUUAAUGAGGUCCUUCGUCUGGGAGAUUUGUCUUUAACUACUAAUCCCGUCUACAUAUACUCGUUUUCGCCUGUUGCCCCGAAAACAACAGUGACCAACUCUGGGGAGCUGAAAUAUACCGAAGAAGCUCGCGCAGUAUCCUCCUAUCCGGAUGUUGCGCGCCAAGGACGUGUGUGCUCAGAUGAUUACAAAACAAUAAUACCCUUUGUUCAUCUUAAGUCUCGACAGGGCGCGAGAGGCUGGAGAUAUGACGUGGAUGCUACAAAGACAUUCCAUGCAGCCCUAGACGUCGGAGCUACGGCUGGCUUUAGUUAUGCGGGAAAGGCAGUUUUAGUAACAGGUGCUGGGCAUACCUCAAUUGGGGCACAUGUGGUCCAAGGUCUUUUGAGUGGUGGUGCUCGUGUGGUUGUCACCACUAGCCGGGCGGUUUCUGAGAGUGCAACCUUCUAUCAAGGGAUCUAUCGCCAGUACGGAGCUAAAGGAGCGUCUCUGACAGUCCUUCCCAUGAAUCAGGCCAGCAAGCAAGAUUGUGAAAAUUUGAUCGAACACAUCUACGGUGCCAAUUCCCCAACCAGUGGCGACCUAGAUUAUCUCAUACCAUUUGCGGCCAUUCCACAAGCGGGUGAGUUAGAUAAGGUGGGUAGUCACCAAGAGCUCGCUCUAAGGGCCAUGCUUGUCAAUCUCCUACGACUCAUAGGGUCCAUUCGCCAACAGAAGGAAACGCGGCGCCUUAACUGCAGGCCGACUAUGAUCGUUCUCCCUAUGUCAUGUAAUGAGGGCACUUUCGGCGGCGACGGUUUGUAUGCAGAGUCAAAGAUCGGAUUGAGGACAUUGUUGAACCGUUUCCACUCUGAGAGCUGGUCAGAAUACGUAACUGUUUGUGGGGCAGUCAUUGGUUGGACAAGAGGAACAGGGCUCAUGCACUCAUCUAAUAUUGUAGCUCAAGAAGUGGAAAAGCUAGGUGUGGUAACAUUCACCCAGGCUGAGAUGGCAUUCAACAUCCUUGCUCUAAUGACACCUGACAUUACUGCAUUUGCAGAAGAAGCUCCAGUCUAUGCAGAUCUAACCGGGGGUUUAGGCUCUAUGUGGGAUAUCAAACAUCACAUUUCAACCAGUCGCAAGCGUCUCGCCGAAGAGUCGCAAAUACGAAAGGCUCUGGCAGACGAAGAUGCCCGUCACCUAGCGUCUCUUUUUGGUCCUCAACAGCAACAAGUGGAGGACAACUUAAUGAACAUCGGACGGCGACGUGCCCGUCUCAGACUUUCAUUUCCACCUUUAGCAUCAUACGAGGACAUCGCGGCGAAGCUGCCCAACCUUCAAGGAAUGAUCGACCUGUCUCGUACGGUUGUUGUAAUAGGGUUCUCCGAGCUUGGACCUUGGGGAAAUUCCCGCACUCGCUGGGAGAUGGAACACCAAGCCCGUUUCACAUUAGAGGGCUAUAUAGAAAUGGCAUGGAUGAUGGGAUUAAUCAGGCACAUUGAUGGCGACCUGAAAGGGCGACCUUACGCUGGCUGGGUCGAGGCGGAGUCCCAGGAGCCAAUACAUGACCAGGAUAUACCUCAUAAGUACCACCAGCAUAUCAUGUCAAAUACCGGCAUACGACUAAUUGAACCUGAAGGGUUUGAAACGUAUGUCCCUUCUCAGAAGGAAUUCUUACAAGAAGUUGCAGUUGAGGAGGACCUUCCACCCUUUGAAUGUUCCAAGUCAGCCGCGGAAGCUUUCAAGUUACGACACGGGGAUAAAAUUACUUUGCAGCUCAUCCCGGAAUCAGAUAACUAUCGGGUAUUUCUCAAGAAGGGGGCUAUUCUAAUGAUCGCAAAAACAGUUCCCUUCCACCAAUCUGUAGCCGGGGUGAUCCCCACUGGCUGGGAUCCUUCGCGAUACGGGAUUCCAGAAGAGAUUGUACAGCAGGUUGAUACUACUACCCUAUACGCUCUUUGCUGUGUUUCGGAAGCGUUUUUGUCCGCCGGCAUCAAAGAUCCAUACGAAAUUUACCAACACAUCCAUGUGUCAGAACUCGCCAAUUGCUUGGGCACAGGUGGCGGGCCCUUGAAAGUUAUUCGGAAUAUGUACCGGGACAGGUUCCUAGACCGCCCAGUACAAGGUGAUAUUAUCCUGGAACAUUUUCUCAAUACAAUGGGUGCAUGGGUCAAUAUGUUGCUAUUGUCUGCUGCUGGUCCUAUUAAGACUCCUGUCGGCGCAUGCGCCACUGCCCUAGAGUCUCUGGAUAUAGGAUGUGAUGCUAUCAUCUCAGGGAGGUGCAAGAUGGCGAUAGUCGGGGGUUGUGACGAUUAUCGUGAGGAGUUGUCCUUUGAGUUUGCGAAUAUCAGAGCCACUGCCAAUUGUGCAGAGGAACUGGCCAGAGGAAGGCUUCCUAAUGAGAUGUCUCGACCAACAGCCAGCUCGCGCAGUGGUUUCGCGGAGUCCACUGGCUGUGGCGUACAGAUUCUCAUGAAUGCUGAAUCAGCUCUUGACUUGGGUCUACCAAUUCACGGAAUUGUCGCGUAUAGCCAGAUGGCUAGUGACCAAGUUGGUAGGUCUAUCCCCGCCCCCGGCAAGGGCAUUUUAACCGCUGCGCGCGAGACUUCAGAUGCCAAGUAUUCUCCAAUUCUGGACUUUGAGUUUCGCCGUACCGGGUUCGACGAUGAGGUGGCAGACAUUCAGCAAAAUUCCGCCAGCAGACGGCUGGGAAGUAUGCGGAAGUCUCCUGUCACUCGGGUCUUAGAGCAAUCAACACGACUAAGAAUCCAAGAUGCGCAGAACCGCUGGGCCCACAACAUCCGCCUAUAUGACUCCUCAAUAUCGCCACUUCGGGCAGCCAUGGCUACUUGGGGCCUGGGGAUUGACGAUAUUGGCGUUGUUUCAAUGCAUGGAACAUCAACCAAGGCAAAUGAUAUCAACGAAGGCGAAGUCAUCAACACCCAAAUGGAGCAUUUGGGCCGCAUUAAAGGAAAUCCACUCUUAUCAGUAUGCCAAAAAUCGCUCACUGGACAUCCAAAGGCUGCUGCAGGCGCCUGGCAACUAAAUGGUUGCAUGCAGAUCUUGCGGGAGGGAAUCGUCCCAGGGAAUCGGAACGCAGACAACAUUGAUGGGCAGCUACGAAAAUUUGAGCAUCUAGUAUAUCCUAUGGAGUCAAUUCAGACCACGGGAAUCAAGGCGACCAUUAUUACAUCUUUCGGAUUCGGGCAGAAAGGUGCUAUUGCCCUCAUGGUCGCUCCGAGGUACCUCUUUGCAUCGAUCCCUGCACCAACGUAUAAGGAGUACUGCACGCAGGUGACAAAAAGGCAGCGGGCUGCUAGUGCCGCCUUUGCCUCCCGCAUGUUAAACAACUGCCUGGUUCAAGUGAAAAGCCUUCCGCCGUGGCACAAUCUAAAUUCUACACAAAGAGUCUUUCUAGACCCGACCAGUCGCCGACAAGUGGACGGUCACGGGUUUGUAAAUAAAGCACAUGGGGAGCCUUCUUUUUCGACGCAUACGGUCAGCGAUCGCUCCUCACACAUCGUUGAAGGAAAGGACGAAGAAACCCCUUUAGCGCAGCUUGUUGAGAAAAUGGUUACAGAUGUAACUGGACAAUCCAAGAUAAAGCCACCCCCCCGUGUGGGCGUCGAUGUGGAAGAAGUUGCCAAUAUCAACGUCGAGAACGACACAUUCCUACGGCGCAACUUCACACCGGCAGAACGAGAGUACUGCUUGAAUGCGCCCAACUGUCGAGCCUCUUUCGCAGGUCGCUGGAGCGCCAAGGAAGCCGUCUUUAAAAGUCUCCAGACCCCGUCCUCGGGCGCUGGUGCACCGAUGCAUGAGAUCGAGGUCCUCAACCAAAGCGGAGUGCCUAGAAUUACCCUUCAUGGGAAAGUCAAAGAGAUCGCCCGGGCCAAAGGUAUUGAGAGUAUUGAGGUGAGCAUUAGUCAUUCAUCCCGGGCAGCGAUUGCCAUCGCAGUGGCCAUAUAAACUUGCCUUUGGAGGCAAUAUAUAUUUUUAGCUAUUUUUAGCCGGUGCAAUAAC